GUCAAAAUGUCAAACGAAAUAAAUACCUAAUUAGCGUUUGUCAAAAGCAGUGGUUUAUGUUGGGCGUGUGUUUGUAAUUUGUAACGAUUUGUGUAGAUUUUCCGAAUAUAAAGAUUAAUUUAUUUAUUUUUACUUAGUUAGCUAGCUUUCUAUUUUUUAUUAUAGUGGUGUCGUUCAUUAUAUAAUUUACAAACCUCAAGAAUGAUAAGGGGAAGAGUGAAACAUUUAUUACACUGCACCUUUUUCAUUUCAUUUAUAUUUUUGUUUCUUGUUUUUGCUGGAGCUAUAAAUUUAGAUGACAAAGAAAAAGAAGAAAUUGAUCCCUGGGAAAGAUAUGGAAUAUAUGGUGCAUUGAUUUUAUAUGCAUUAAGACUUUUUACUCUUCUUACAAUUCCUCAAGUCCUAUGCAAUUUUGCAGGACUAACUUUAUUCAAUGCAUUCCCAGGGAAAGUCAAACUAAAAGGAUCUCCACUGUUAGCACCUUUUAUAUGUAUCAGAAUAGUAACUAGGGGAGACUUCCCAAAGUUAGUGAGAGACAAUGUAACAAGAAAUAUGAACUUGUGUGUUGAUGUUGGGAUGGAAAAUUUCAUGAUUGAAGUUGUGACUGAUAAAGCAAUUAGUUUACCAAAGCACAGACGAGUUAGAGAAGUGGUUGUGCCAGGGGAAUAUAAGACUAAAUCAGGUGCUUUAUUUAAAUCAAGAGCAUUACAAUACUGCCUGGAAGAUAAUGUCAAUAUACUUGGAGAAAAUGAUUGGAUUGUACACUUAGAUGAAGAGACUUUGCUGACUGAUAAUUGUGUGAGGGGUAUUUUAAACUUUGUAUUGGAUGGCCAACACCAGUUUGGUCAGGGACUGAUCACCUAUGCUAAUGAGCACAUUGUGAACUGGCUGACUACCCUUGCUGAUAGUUUCCGUGUUGCUGAUGAUAUGGGAAAGCUAAGACUACAAUUUUACUUAUUCCAUAAGCCACUUUUCAGUUGGAAAGGAUCUUACGUUGUAACUCAAGUAAGUGCAGAGAAGAAAGUGUCUUUUGACAAUGGUCUUGAUGGUUCAGUAGCAGAAGAUUGUUAUUUCGCAAUGAAGGCCUAUACAGAAGGCUAUACUUUCAAUUUUGUUGAAGGAGAAAUGUGGGAAAAGUCACCUUUUACUUUGUGGGACUUCAUGCAACAACGAAAACGAUGGAUUCAGGGAAUUCUCUUAGUUGUACAUUCAAAACAGAUACCAUUAAUAAACAAGAUCUUUCUAGCAAUAUCUUGUUACUCUUGGGUUACACUGCCAUUUUCAACUAGCAAUGUUUUCUUAGCUGCUAUUUGUCCAAUUCCCUGUCCACAUUAUUUAGAUUUAAUAUGUGGGUUCAUUGGGGCUGUUAACAUUUACAUGUACAUUUUUGGAGUCAUCAAAUCAUUCCCCAUCCAUAGGUUUGGACCACUAAAAUUCUUUUUACUGAUUGGUGGUGCCCUAGCUACCAUUCCAUUCAAUAUUAUUAUUGAAAAUGUUGCUGUAAUUUGGGGAGUAUUAGGGAAAAAGCACAAAUUUUACAUAGUAAACAAGGAAGUUAAGAUUCCAGUGACUGUAUGAUUCCUCAUUAGAACAUUUCAUAUCAUUUUAUAGGGUUUCAAUUAAAAAUUAAGUGCACAAAUACUUAAUGAACUAAUAAGUCACUAGAAGGUGUGACAAUAUUCUAGUGAAUCUUGAGAUGUUAUCAUAAGAUAACCUAGAUGUUAACUAUUAGUCAUUGAGUGUUAUUAGGUUUGUUACCAGUUUAUCAAAAUUACCUAUUAUUAGGUUUUGUAAAGUGAAAGUUAUUGAUUUAAUAUUAAGCACAAUAUUGAUAUUUAAAUGUAAAGGUAAACAAGCUAGCU